GUGCAAUCUUUUUCUACCUAUUUACUUGCUACAUUUUGUACAUAUAAUUAAAACAUCGCACAUUCCAGAAUAGCCAUGGCCCUAUCGAGAUCAGCAAGUGGUCCCGGCGGCCUUUCCAUCAAUACGUCGUCGGCGAACUUGUUUGGAUCGGGUAGCAGCCAACCUCCCGCUCCCGGAGGACUAUUUGGUUCUGCCUCGAAUUCUCAGCCUACCACGGGAUCAAGCCUCUUCGGAAAUACGUCCACGACCUCUAAGCCUUCUGGAUUAUUUGGAAACGCUCCAUCAACGUCGUCUACGAUUGCCGCUCCACAGUCACAGUCACAGCCACAGCAGUCUGGUGGUCUGUUUGGGUCAUCUUCCGCCGCAACAUCACAACCGCAGCAGACGAGCUCUAGUUUAUUCGGAGGAACUACCGCUCCUGCACAACCACAGCAGGCUGGUGGGCUAUUCGGAAACGCGCAACCUGCCCAAGUUCAACCUCAAGCGCAGGCCCAGACCCAGAACACAGGUGGAUUGUUCGGCGGUAGCAUGGCUGGUCAGACAACUUCUCUGGGAGCAGGAGCGCCGGGAGGCUUGUUUGGCAACUCCCUGAAGCCUUCACAAUCGACCGCCAUCAGCACUGGCACCAAUUCAUUCAAUCAGACGGCUCAGCCGAAACCCUUUGGCAUGUUCCUCAACCAACCCGUCCAAUCUCAGUCAACCGCUCUAGGACAAGCUCAACCUCAGCAACCCAGCCUAGGUUUAGGCGCCUCCCUCGGCUUCGGCCUGACGAUGGGCCAAUCAACACAACAAAGCGUCCCCGGCGUUCGUAUCGACAUAAGCAAUCUAAAGGGUACCACACGAUUCAACGAUCUCCAGGAGGACUUGCAAAAGAAGAUCGAGCAAGUCGAUAUGUUUAUUCAACAGCAAAUGCGAAACAAGGAGCAGGUGGAUUCCUUCAUGCCAGGCCAUAGGGAGAUGCUCGAGAGUAUUCCCAAUGAUGUUAACUUUAUUGCCAAGAAAUACGACAGUGCGCAUAGUGCGCUGGCAUCGGCGGCUCAGUCUAUCGAAGCAGCCCGCGGGUUGGUUGCGCAGGAUGUUGAUCAUGCCCGACUCAGCUUUAGGGCUGUUGACAACCUGAAAUUGCCUGAGCAGUAUCACACAGCUGGAAUAUGGUCUCCCAGGCAACAGCCCACGGGCACGGCUAAUACAGAAGUUGAUGGACAGGACCUCGUCAGUUUCUUCUCGCGGGCAGCAGAUGAGAUGGAGGACCAGGUGAGGAGGUAUGAGAAGAAUAUGACCGAGAUCGAAAUGCAUAUGCAUGGUGUCUCCGAUAGCUUGGUUGAACAGCUGCAGAAGAUGAUGGCAAGCAAGAAUGGCACGUCAUCUGGUCCCAACGAGAAAGCACAAGAGCUUAGUGCCGUGCUUAGAGAGCUGCAGCAAGGCAUCCUCAAGGUGGCCAGCGAUGUCGCGGGUGCAAGAGAGGGCAUGACCCAACUCCAAUUGGGCAACUUCAUCGGCAAUGAUCGCGAUCGGAACGGUGUGUAUUAAAGGGAUGGUGGACAUUAAACCUUGUUCACGAGGCUCGAUGCUUAAUAGUUUUUAGAUACCCGAAUAAGAAAUAGGGUCUUAGCCCAAUAAUUACGUCACGGGAGAUCCUGAUGAUGAAUUUAGCUAUGUAGGAAGAUACCCAUUUGACAUAUACCCCAGAGGCGUUGGAGGAUAGGUCGAAACGUCGAGAUAAAACGAGUCCUUAGAUUUACACUGUAUUGUGGGACUAGGGCGGAUACCUGUUACCAUAGAAGAACCCGCCAACGCCAGCCUUUGAGGAUCUUCAUGUCGUCAUCCCCGAGGCCUUGAUCACCUCUCUCGACCUUAGCCAUGAGCCGCUUAAGUCGCUUCGAUAUCGUUCUAGCAACUCGGAUCGAUACUUCGCUUUGAAACACGUACAGGAUCGCUAAUACAAAGAAAGCUACUGAUGCUAGCUUGCCUUUGCCACGUACAGAAUCUAAAAUACGCCCAAUAAGUGACUUACUUCUCUUGAAGGCGUACUCGGUAUCAUUGGACUCGUUGUCUUUCGAUGAACGACGAAAUAUUCUACGGACAGCAGGGAUGAAAGACGCACUAGAGAGGUAUUACUAUU